GACUGGCAGCCUCUGAAGGUAUGUGGGAAGCACAAGCGGCAGCGCUGCCGUCUCUAGUUUUUCCCGGCCGGUUGGUGUCGAAGACACCCAAAGUGCAGAGCGUGCACCAGGAGAACGCGCAGGUCGCAACAAACUUAACCGCCAAUCCAUCUGGGCUUGUAGGUAAGCCGCUUCUGCCACACACUGAUGGAUAUAUUUAUGGCGCUUCUCUUCCCGACUACAUCGCAUUUCUGGUGGAGUCUCCAGCCGACGCUGGCGGGGAGAGCUAUGUUGUUGAUGGCAAGAAGGUGGUUGAUCGGCUCUGCGGAGAUGGUGCAGAUGACAUGUGCUCAUGGGCCCAGACGCUUGCUGUCGAUUUCACGGAGCGAGCUCCGCUAGCUUUGGUGAAUGGGAGGGAGUUUGCCGGUCCGCUCAUGUGGUGGCAGCACGAUCGACUGCGCUUUCACCGCCAAACAUCAAUCAAAGCCCUGGAGGAUGCGAUAGCUGAGAACGGCAAGCUGCGUUCAGACCUGCGCCCAUACCAAAGCUUAUGGGCGCCGCUUGGAGCCCCCGAGGGUGAGGAUGACCAGCUUCGUCGCAAUGUAAGCGAGAUGCUAAAGGCUGUGGAUAUUGCCGUGCAAGAAGAGACUGCUCUAGCAUAUCGCUUCGCAGUACAUGAAGGGGAGGCGCUGCUUCUGGACAACUACCGGAUGUUACAUGGCCGAGAGGGCUACACUGGAAGGACGCAGCGCAAGUUGUGGCGAGUCUGGUUUUGGACCAAUGCGAGUAGCGGCAUUCCUGAAGGCAUGCCUGAGCUUGGCACUUUUUUAGAUGCUGAACUCAUAAAAGCCCACCGCACGCAGUGA